UUUUCACAAUGUCCUCAACUUGAGCCUUUGCCUCGCUUAGUCUUUGCCUUACUGCGUAAUCCCCUUCUCCGGUUUCAUGAAGAAGGUGUUCAUCCUGACUACAGAAUCUACUUGCAAUGCCUUUUCAGUGUGUUGGACCCGAGCUCUCUCCACUGCGGGAUUUACCCAGCGCUAAUGUCAUAUUCAACACCGGAUACACUGGCAUAUCCGCGUCAUUCAUUGAGCCGUGCAGCAUUGAUAACAAGUGGUAGUCCGAUAUUUUUCCUAGAUGCAUAUACCACUUUGAUAGUUUUCUACUCAUCAACAGCAGACCCGUCAAUACCUUUUCCUCCUCCUCAAGACUGUUUAUUGAGGAAGACCAUAAACAAGGUUAAACAAGAAAGGAGCAUCACACCAAAGCUGAUGUUUAUCCGAGGAGGACAAGAUGAUGCUACUACCUUUGAGAACUAUCUUAUAGAAGAACAAGAUGUGGACGGUAACGGUUUUGCUAGUGCCAGUUUUGUGUCUUUCCUCGAUGAUAUUUCGCAGCGUGUCACUGAGUACAUGAAGUGAAAAGCCAAGUGACCCUUUAGUUUUGUUAUACACCCGAACUCAAAAAAUUUAAACGUGUCAAACGUUUCCCAUUUAGAGUUUUUGCUCUUGUUGUAAAAUUUGCUCUUAGACUAGCAUCCCAACUUUUUUGCUCUCUAAAUCCGAAUGAAUAAUUAAGCAAAAAUUGGUUCUUCACUC